AAAAGAAAAAAAGAAAACAAGAAAAAAAUAAAUCCCCCCAAUCUUUCUCUCUCUAAAAUCAAAUACCACUUCUCUAUGUAGAAACUGUUCUCUGGAGAUGUUGGAGGAGAGUUGAGAUUCAAAUGUUAUUGCUCGGUAGCGGAGGAGGACUGGUGGGCGAUUCAGGUGUUCGGAUCUGCUGGUGGUCAUAUGGCCUCCAGCUUAAGGAAUUUAGAACAAAGGAAGCUUGUGAACCAAUGAGGUGUUGUCUAAGAACUAUUUCAAGAUUGAAAAGGUCUUUUAUGGGGUAAGAAGUGGGGCGAAAUGGUUUUAGAUUCCAAAUAUUUAAGGACAUGGAGGAGACACGAGAUGAUGCAGGGCCAGCAGAGCAAGGGUCUCCUGUUACAACAUGGUGGCCAUCAGAUUUCAUUGAAAGAUUUGGAUCUGUUUCUCUGGUUUCUCAAGAAGAAAUUUUGAGUAAUAAAAAUUCUAAUAGCAUUACUGAACAAGAUGAGCUGUCAUCUCAGACAGCCUCACAAAUUCUCUGGAGCACUGGAAUGCUUUCUGAACCGAUUCCUAAUGGUUUCUACAGUGUCAUUCCGGACAAAAAGCUUAAGGAGAUUUUUGAUGAUAUUCCUACUCUGGAUGAGCUUUAUGCUUUGGGAAGCGAAGGUGUCAGAGCUGAUAUCAUUCUUGUAGAUGCUGUGAGAGAUAAAAAACUAUCUAUGCUGAAGCAACUAAUUGUGGCAUUGGUGAAGGGACUAAACUCAAAUCCAGCUGCAGUGAUUAAAAAGAUUGCUGGAUUGGUUUCAGAUUUCUAUAAGCGGCCAAAUUUGGAACUAAGUCCAGCAAAAGCUGCACUAGAGGAAACCUCUCAUGUGUCUGAGAAUCGAGUAGCCCAGUUACUGGGCCAAAUAAAACAUGGUUCUUGCCGUCCUCGGGCAAUUCUAUUCAAAGUUCUUGCAGAUACUGUCGGUCUUGAAAGCAGGCUCAUGGUGGGUUUACCUAAUGAUGGGGCUAAUGAGUGUGUAGACUCAUAUAAACAUAUGUCUGUGAUAGUCAUGUUGAAUUCUGGGGAACUACUGGUCGAUCUGAUGCGAUUUCCUGGCCAGCUGAUACCUAGAUCAACCAGGGCAAUUUUUAUGACCCAUAUUUCUGCAGCAGGGGAAAGUGACUCUGCAGAGAAUGAUUCUUGUGAUUCUCCCCUAGAACCAAACAGUCCUUUGUAUGGUUUUUCAGAUAGAGUUGACCCUGACAGUACUGAGAAAGAUGAGGGCCUUCAGUUCCAACGGAGAUUAGAAGCAUCAUCAAAUGUAUCAGGCCCUUCUUUACGGAAUGUAAUGCUGCGAUCUACCCCCUCUAUUGAUAGAAAAUUGAGUUUAUCGCAUAGUGAACCCAAUAUUGCUACUACUUUUUGGCGACGGAGCCGGAGAAAGGUCAUUGCUGAACAACGAACUGCCAGUUCAAGUUUUCUCAGUCCAGAGCACCCUUCAUUUCGAGCACGUGGGCGGUCAAUGCUUAGCGGUGAUAGGAAAUCAUUUAGAGAUUAUGCUGAUGACAUAGCUGCCUCAAGCUAUAGGUCAGAUGGUGCAUCAACGUCAACGUCAGAAACUCGAAGAAUAAGAAGAAGAAGCAUUAGUAUUACUCCAGAGAUUGGCGAUGAUAUCGUAAGGGCUGUACGUGCAAUGAAUGAAACACUGAAGGCAAACCGUCUUAUGAGAGACCAAGGCGAUGAUAGGGCAUUUUCCAGUAAUCCAGAUAUUCAAAAAAAUGUAUCUGAUUUCCAUCUUGAUGGUCAUGGGGAAAUAUCUCAUGGAAGCUCUUCUAUGUAUAGCCUGCCUAGGGAGCAAAUAAGUUCCCAAAAGGCAAUAUCGUUGCCUUCAUCUCCUCAUGAAUUUAGGAGUCAGACUUCUGGGAGAAGUGGAACUUCAGACAUUGUGAAUGAUGAAAUGGUUUCAAUCUGGAACAGGGUUCUUGAAAAACCAAUGUUCCAUAGCAAGCCUCUAUUACCUUUCCAAGAAUGGAAUAUUGAUUUCUCGGAAUUAACUGUUGGAACUCGUGUUGGAAUCGGGUUCUUUGGAGAAGUUUUUCGUGGCAUUUGGAAUGGGACAGAUGUUGCCAUCAAGGUUUUUCUGGAGCAAGAUCUUACUGCUGAGAACAUGGAAGAUUUCUGCAAUGAAAUAUCCAUCCUUAGCCGCCUUCGACACCCAAAUGUUAUUUUAUUUUUGGGUGCAUGCACAAGGCCUCCACGCUUGUCAAUGAUAACUGAAUACAUGGAGAUAGGAUCUUUGUAUUACUUGAUCCAUUUGAGUGGUCAGAAGAAGAAACUCAGCUGGCGUCGGAGAAUUAAAAUGCUGCGUGAUAUAUGCAGGGGUUUGAUGUGCAUACACCGGAUGAAGAUUGUCCAUCGUGACAUAAAGAGUGCAAAUUGUCUCGUCAAUAAGCAUUGGACUGUCAAGAUUUGCGAUUUCGGGCUCUCAAGAGUAAUGACAGACACACCCUUGAGAGAUUCCUCAUCUGCAGGAACUCCAGAAUGGAUGGCUCCUGAACUCAUCCGCAAUGAACCCUUCACAGAGAAAUGUGAUAUUUUCAGCUUUGGGAUGAUUAUGUGGGAGCUCUGCACUCUUAAUAGACCAUGGGAAGGCGUGCCACCAGAACGGGUUGUAUAUGCUGUUGCUCAUGAAGGAUCACGGCUGGAUAUUCCUGAAGGCCCCCUGGGCAUGCUUAUAGCAGAUUGCUGGGCAGAACCGCAUCAAAGGCCAAGCUGUGAGGAUAUCCUCUCCCGCUUGCAGGACUGCGAGUAUACCCUCUGCUAAAUCAAUCUGUGUAUUGUAUAGAACCUAAUAGUAGAGGUGUGACAAUGUGCUCUCGGCUUUGUAAACUUUAUUAUGACUUUCUUGUUGUAGAAACCUGUCUUUUUGGGUGCAAUCAAAAACAAUGUUUAGUUGGUCUGAA